AUGCAAUCCCAGGGGGGCCCCCCGGGGGGCCCCGAGGGGGGCCCCCCCCUGAUCUCUCGAAAUGUUCUUCGUUUGGUUUUACAGUAUAACCAAAUGCAAUCCCAGGGGGGCCCCCAGGUGCAGCAGCUGAGGGUACCUUUGGUGUCUGGUGGGGCCUUCAAGGGAGAUAAAGACCCCUUCUUGAUUGCUGCUGCUCUUAUUAGGGGUUUUCUUGCUGCAGCAGCAGAAUGGCAGCAGCAGCACAGCAGACAGAGCAGGGGCCCCCACGAGGAGAUAGAGGGGGGCCCCCAAGAAGAGGAAAGGGGGGGCCCCCAGGGAGAGGGGGGCCCCCUUAAUUCAACUAGCGAUGCAUCAACAGCUGCAGAUAAAACACCUGGCAGCGUAUCCAGUACCUCCUCUGAAGAAGCAGCAGCAGCAGCAGCAGCAGCAGCAGCAGCAGCAGCAGCAGCAGAGGCGCCAGCGACAGCAGCAGGAACUGCAGCAGCAGACAGGGGCCCCCAGGAGGGGCCUCAGGGGGGCCCCAGAGGGGGCCCCCCCACCGAAGAGCAGUGCAGCAAACCAACAAACGCUGGGGGGCCCCCAUCGCAGCACAGCGAGGCAGACAGCAGCAGCAGCAGCAGCAGCAGCAACGGCAUCAGCAGCAACAGCAGCAAAAACCCCAGCAGCAUGAGUGGCCCCCCCUACUGCUGCUGCUGCUGCAGCAGCAGCAGCAGCAGCAGCAGCAGCAGCAGCAGCACAGCAGCAGCAGAUAUUUGUUUGCCUGUUAUUGAACUGGCUAAAAAGCAGCAGCAACAGCAGCAGCAGCAGCAGCAGCAGCAGCAGCAGCAGCAGAGGCGCCAGCGACAGCAGCAGGAGCUGCAGCAGCAGACAGGGGCCCCCAGGAGGGGCCUCAGGGGGGCCCCAGAGGGGCCCCCCAUACCGAAGAGCAGUGCAGCAAAUCAAACGCUGGGGGGCCCCCAUCGCAGCACAGCGAGGCAGACAGCAGCAGCAGCAGCAGCAGCAGCAACAGCAGCAACGGCAUCAGCAGCAACAGCAGCAAAAACCCCAGCAGCAUGA